UACUUACUUGAGUUCCUUAAUAUAUGCACGCAAUGUAUGAUUAAGCAAUCGGAAGCAAACUUAUAUACAAGUCAAAUCCUUACAAAUUAAACAUGAAUGAUUCUGACAAAAACAUGGAAGGAAAUUCUGAAAUGAAGAGCAAUUUCAAAAUUGAUUCAUUGAGAAGUGGAGUCCAACAAACAAUAGAAGACCACGUUAGGUCUUCUCAAGUAUCGUUUGAUCCAAGUCCACAACAGAGCGACGAUGUAGAAGAUAAUCUAAAAUGUGGAUAUGGUCCUUGUGAACCGGAAUGUUUAAAACCAUGUACUGGAGUCGUAUGUUAUAUGGUAUGCUACUGUGUAGUAGGUCUUUCAAUAUCUAUGGGAUCCAAUGGAUUUUUAUCAACGGGAAUUUCAACAAUAGAGAAACGUUUUGAAUUAUCAAGCUUUUGGUCAUCCUGGAUAGCUGCAUCUUACGAUAUAGCAUCAGUGCCAGGACUUAUCAUCGUAUCAUACUGGGGAGCAGUUGGUCAUAGAACAAGAUGGAUGGCAGUCGGAUCAACUCUUGCUGGAAUAGGUUCAAUACUGUUUGUUUUGCCUCACUUUCUGACAGAACCAUACGAUCCAUACGCUAGUCGUGUACGAGAUGAAGCGUGUUCAUUUAAUACUUCGGGAUUGGUUGAUGCCAAAGGAGAUGAUGGUUCCUUUUCUGGACUUAAACUAUAUUUCAUAAUGUUCAUAUGUGCCAAUGUGUUAAUUGGCUUUGGGAAUGCUCCUCUCCCUACCCUGGGAAUAACCUAUUUGGAUGAUAUUGUGCCCAGGGACACAUUUGCCUUUUGUCUUGCCCUGUUUUAUGCUUUUGGAGUUCUUGGACCAGCGAUCGGCUUUAUAGUCGGGGGAGUGCUACUUGCUGAGUACAUAGAUUUUGACAGGGUACCUGCAGAUGAGAUAACAGUGCAAGUGGAAGACCAGAGAUUUCUAGGAGCUUGGUGGCCUGGUUUCUUGGUAACAGCUUUUCUCACAUUGACAGGAGCAACUGCAUUAUUUGGUUUCCCAAGAGACAUACCAGGUGCUGCUGAAAUUCGAGCGAAAAGGGUAUCUGAGGCAUACAGACACAGUGAAACCCAUAUUGAGCCAGGGUUUGGUACAACGCUAUCAGACCUCCCUAAAUCUUUAUUUAUGCUUCUUAAAAACUGGGCGUAUGUAUUAUGUAGCCUCCUGACAUGCACAGAGUCUUUACUCAUUGCCGGAUUCACUGUUUAUGGACCGAAAUAUCUCGAGAACCAGUAUGCGCUGCCAUCUGAUUUAUCAUCAUAUAUUUUUGGUGGUCUUGCUAUACCAGGAGCUGCAGGCGGAACUAUAUUAGGUGGAUACCUCAUAAAGAAAUUCAGCAUGAAUUGUUGUACCAUUCUAAAAAUGCAGGCAAUUGGUGCAUUUCUGUCUUUGCUUAUUACACCUCUGUUUUUUCUGGUUUGUGGAAGUCCAGAUUUGGUGGGAUUGACAGUGGACUAUGUAAACAGCACAACAACUAGAGGCUACAAUGCCACGUGCAAUUCUGACUGCGUCUGUCCUUACCUCUACGACCCGGUAUGUGGCAGGGACAGUGUUCUGUACUUCUCGGCUUGCCACGCUGGUUGCCAUGACAAAGAGGGGCUUGGCCCAACACUAUAUUUCAACUGCAGUUGUAUAACAUCCGAGAGCCCGGGAAAUAUCGCGUAUGAUGCGACUACGGAUAUAUGUUCAGAAGACUGUACAACAUUUCUGGUGAUCUUCGCCAUACUUUGGUUUGCUAUUUUGUUCCUCACUUUCUUUGUGUCAACUACAAAUGCUACGGUUGUAGUAAGAGUUGUCCCAUCUGUGCAACGUUCUUUUGGUAUAGGUGUGCAGUGGAUACUCCUUCGACUUUUAGGUACAAUACCUGGUCCUGUUGUAGUAGGAGCAGCUUUGGACGGGUCAUGCGAUGUUUGGUCACAACAAAAUUCAUCCGGUUCCUGUGAAAGAUAUGACCCAAACGCAAUGGCGCUUUACAUGUUCAUGAUAGGAGCAAUUUUUAAGUUUGCAAGUACUGUGUUCGCCUUUGCCUGUUGGUUGGUGUAUAAACCACCAAUAAUCCUUGAGAAAAGUGAUGACGAAACGGAUAAUGGGAUUGAUAACCUUGGCAAUACGGUUCAAUUCAACUCAGGGACAGAGAGGUUUUAG